CGCGCUCCAUCAUGUCAGGUGUCGCUGCUAAGACCUGGAGAGAGAUUUGGAUUCGCCCAGAGGUGUACCCUAUCGUGGCCGCUAUCGGCGGCGCGGUGUCCCUUUGCACCUUCUUCUGCGCGCGUCAGAUUUCCAGCUCCCCGGGCUUCCGCGUGUGGAAGGAUGGGAGGGCGCAUGAGGGGAUCCCGGAGGAGAAGUUCCGCGUAAAGGAGGGCGUCAACUGGAGGGAACACUUCGUCCGACGGGCUAUGAGGGACACGAAGCCCGCCAUUUUCCCGGGCCUCAACGACGCGAUGACCUCGCCCAAGUGAGGGCCCCAGUGGAGCACCAGAUCAAAAAUGUAAACUUAUAUACACAAGCCGACAGACGGGUGAAACCCCAGAAGACUAUACGAGACCUCGCAGCGACGCCAGGUGUUCUAAAUGUCUUUCCGCUACUUGCAGCUGCUAUCACUUUAGUCUGAUUUAACGUAACGAGCUCAUCAUGUGGUCAUGGUGUCCGUCAACGCAUAGCCGUCCAGCCGCGUGCUGUCGUGGCCGAUGACACUUAUAAUAUCAUGACUUUAAUUAACACUGUC